AUGUUCUCGCCGGCGCCAGGGCUUUCCCAUCCGUCCCAGCCCCACUACAACCCACCACAGCCCGUCACGGCCAGGCCUGGAUCCCGUACACUCCCAGACCGGCUACUUCACAACAGAGACAACCUCAGCCCUCGAAGAAGCUUGGGGCUCAAACACCUGUCCACCGAGGAGUGCGUCGCGGAACUGUGGCGGAUCAUCUCGCUCGAGGAGCAAAAACUGGAAUCCCUCCGCAGAAGGGCAAUGUUUGAGCUUGCCGACAAGGCAUGGACGACGAAGGCGCGGUUGGCGUUGCAGGCGCAGCAGGAGAAGCUGAACCGGACCCGCAGAGUUGUGCAUGGAAUGUAUGUGGACGACAGCGCGAGGGUGUUUCUGGAUGAGGAGGAUUUGAGUUUGGAGGCGUAUGAGUUGGAAUUUAGGGAGAGGCUGAGUGCACGGCUGAGGGAACGGGAGGAAAAACGCGGGAGGAAGGAAAAUAGAAGGGAGUGGCGGGAAGGGAGAGCUGUUCGGAAAGAAGAGAGGCGAAAGGCGAGGAUUGAAUGUGCGGUGGCAUGGGAGAGCCAUCAGGCAGCUGGGCAGGAGGAUGAGGUCUCAUGUAGUGCUGAAGAGGGAGCAGAGGAGGUACUCGCAGCUUUGAAAGAAACGGAAAAAGAAGGUAUUGCGCUAAACGAUGAGACAAGCGGCGAGCAUCUCAAGUUUGCGGAUAUCUCCGCCGUUGCCUGCACGUUGUAUCCGACCAAUACGAAUUAUGGGUGGUGUAUGAUGUUAUGUAAUGCUAGUAAUUUGACGCCGGUCUUUUACGCCGGCGCUACUAAGGUUUCGGAUUUCGGAUUACACCCCCAAUUAUGA